AUGGCGUGGCUGAGGCAAGGCGGCUUGGCGUGGUACCUGCCCUCCGCCCGCUCCUCCAGUGCGCCGGGGAUCCAGCUGCUGCCGGGCACGGCUGGCUGCUGGAGACUGACUAUACUAGUGGCUCAGCUUCACUAGAAGAUGGGACUGGAUAAUGGCUGGAAGGAAAAGAGGUCCUGAUUCAAACACCAACUGAGUGAGGACAGCUUGGGACCUAGGUCCUCUGUCUUUCCAGAAAUGCUGAAUUCAGAAAUCUGCAAAAAAUAGUGAAUGGAUUUUAGCAACUGAAGAACAUAAAAGGAUUAUUUCUAUUCUGUGAUCUCUGGAAAAAGAAAAAAGCAUGGGAAAGUAAAGAACUAUUUGGUGCUUACUGCACUCUUGUCUCAGACUCUGGAUAUUUACUGUGCUUUUUUAUUUUAUUUUAUUUUUAUUUUUGGCUGGCUUUUUUCCUUCCCCUUUCCUUUGGAUGUGAAUUGAAGACCUGCUGAAGGACUGCUGAAAGAGGGAACAGGAGGACACUUAUUUUUGUUUUACUGGGAAGCACUCAUUGCCAGGUUAUCUUUACUUUCUCCCUCCACAGUCAUGUGGUCAUCACAGUUGCUAUUCUUCACGAUACUCUUAGCACCAAUAGCCCAAGCUUUCAGUCGUGCCCCAGUCCCCAUGGCUGUGGUUCGAAGAGAACUAUCCUGUGAGAGCUAUCCAAUAGAACUUCGCUGCCCAGGAACAGAUGUCAUCAUGAUUGAAAGUGCCAACUAUGGUAGGACUGAUGAUAAAAUCUGUGACUCUGAUCCUGCUCAGAUGGAGAAUAUCCGCUGUUAUCUACCAGAUGCCUAUAAGAUUAUGACUCAGAGAUGCAGCAAUCGCACCCAGUGUGCUGUGGUAGCAGGCCCUGAUGUGUUCCCAGACCCCUGCCCAGGAACAUACAAGUACCUGGAAGUGCAGUACGAAUGCGUCCCUUAUACACCAAAGUCAUCUGCCUACAGAAAGCAGAGAGUUGGAUUGAUAAAUAGAUCCUGGACCUGUGCUUUGAGCCCAAGCCACACAAAAAUGAAUGUGAUUUGGAAGUGGCAGACAUGAUCCCCAGAGGAAAAGUUUCAAGGCACCUUACUUACGUUUACAGUCCUCAAACGGGAUGCAUCUCUCAUCAGCAAGGUGGCUGCUUGCUUGCUAUGGUGACAUGAAGAGUUGUAAUGUGUUAUGGUUGUCGAGUGAUGGUUGGAGAGACAAAGGAUGCAAUUAAAACAAAGAAUUCCUAGUCCCCAUCCCUGAAUAAAAGUGGCUUUCUAU